AUGGCUCCGCUGCAGAUCUGGAAUGUGGGAACAAAAGAGGGCACCAAUUAUGAUUACAAAGCUGCUCACGAAAAGGGAAAUGAAGAGAAGGAAGAGAGACCAGGGGGGGCAAGGGAGGGCCUGAGAGGCCGGGUUCACAACUCGACGUGCAGUCGGACAGUUGAGAGAAAGCGGGAAAAGAUGGAGCGGGUUAAUCGGGGGAUUGUAAGACUCAAGGAGCCGGAAGGGAAAGGAAGGAAUAGAGACAGCAAGAUAGAGACAACGGAGCGAGGAGGGGGAGUAGAACAAGAAGGAAAAGAAGAUGCUGAGCCACGCUGUCCGGGCGAAGAGCGUCGGAAGAAAGCAAAAGAGAGAGAGAGAAAGAAAGGAAGAAGGGGAGGGGAAAUGAUGGAGAGAUACCAACUAAUCCAGCAACAAGAAGUAGACUAA